AUGUCUUCCGCUCCGGUCGAAUACAACGGCACCCUGCCGACGGGUGGUGACUCGCUGACUGAGGACCUCAACAUUUACUAUGCAAGCGGCGACUUUGCUUGGAUAAUGACCUCGUCCGCCCUGGUCCUGCUCAUGAUCCCGGGUGUCGGCUUCUUCUACUCUGGACUUGCCCGCAGAAAGUCGGCUCUGGCCUUGAUAUGGCUCUCGCUCAUGUCGAUAGGAGUGGGGAGUUUUCAGUGGUUCUUCUGGGGUUACUCGCUGGCAUUUUCGCAUACGGGAGAGAGCGGCUUUAUCGGCGACCUGGCCAACUUUGGUCUCAAGGAUGUUCUCGGCCAGCCUUCAGUCGGUAGCGACAAUCUUCCGGAUCUGCUGUUCUGUCUGUACCAGGGCAUGUUUGCCGCCAUCACUCCUGCCCUCGCCAUUGGUGCUGCAGCUGAUCGUGGCCGAAUGCUCCCGGCUAUGGUCUUUGUCUUCGUCUGGGCCACCAUCGUUUACGACCCGAUCGCAUACUGGACCUGGAAUCCGAACGGCUGGUCCUUCAAGCUCGGCGGGCUCGACUUUGCCGGAGGAACGCCCGUGCAUAUUUCUUCGGGCGCCGCGGCGCUCGCGUACUCGCUGAUGCUGGGCAAGCGCGUGGGUUACGACUCGAACGCUGGCAUGCCGUUCAGGCCACACAACGUCACCCACGUCGUGCUCGGCACCGUCAUGCUGUACGUCGGCUGGUUCGGCUUCAACGGUGGUUCGGCACUGGCCGCCAACCUCCGUGCUGUCAUGGCCCUGCUGGUUACCAACAUCUCGGCUGCCGUGGGUGGGCUGACUUGGUGCUUCCUCGACUACCGCCUCGAGAAGAAGUGGAGCACCAUCGGCUUCUGCUCGGGCGUCAUCGCGGGACUGGUGGCUAUCACGCCCGCUGCCGGCUACGUCCCCGCGUGGUCGGCCGUCAUCUUUGGCGUUGUGGGAGGCGCCGCGUGCAACUUUGCGACCAAGAUCAAGUUUCUGCUGGGGAUCGACGAGGCGCUUGACAUCUUUGCCGAGCACUGCGUCGGCGGAAUUGUUGGCAACCUUUUGACGGGUAUCUUUGCAGCCAACUACAUCGCACACCUCGACGGAGCGACCGAGAUCGCCGGUGGCUGGCUCAACCAAAACUACAUCCAGCUCGCGUAUCAGCUGGCCGACUGCGUGGCCGGCUUCUCAUACUCGUUUGUCAUGACGUGCAUCAUCCUCUUCAUCAUGAACCUCAUCCCGGGCCUAUCGCUCCGCGUGUCGGCCGAGGAGGAGAACAUGGGCUUGGACGACGCCCAGAUCGGAGAGUUUGCAUACGACUACGUGGAGCUGACCAGGCACUUUGAGGACGCGGCGGUGACGACCCCGGCCGUGGGGAGCAGCCAGGGCAGCAUCAAGGAGCCGAGACCCAAGGAGGGCCAGGAGGUCAGCAAGACCGAGACGACUGUCGUAUAA